AUGGCGGUGCCACGUGUCAGUGGCACUACUCAUCGCCACGGUGCGCGCCUCCAGACGCUGGGCCAGAACCAACUGCAGCCGCAUGCUGCUUCUUCCCCUGCAAUCUCAUUGGCUCUUUCCAUCAAAUCUCAUCAUUGUUAUUGUCAUCACGUAACCGCGCCGGGUAGAACCGUCCGCAUUCAAGAGUCCUGCUGUUCUGUCCAACGUACAGUAAUUUUACCCUUCCCAAACUUUCAAAACAACCCGCCCACCCCCACACCUCACGGGCUCAUCCCACCCCCGCCUGCCGUCCCACCCCGAUCCCCCCCCCCCCCCCCCCCCCCUCCCCAACUUUAA